GAAGUGAGGGCAGAUAGUGGGGAAAACCUCCCUCUGGUUAUUGGGUCCCCGGGGAACAGAAGCAAAUGCUCAGGCUCCUGGGGUCAGGCAGGAGUCAUCCGAAAUCCUCAGGUCUCUCCGUCCUGGUCAAGCAGAUGUGGGGGACCCUCCGCAGUCACCCACUGAGGCUGGAGCGAUGGUGCUCUCAGGGUCCCUGUGUACAGAGAAAGAGGAAUGAUGCUUUGCACGCCUUCUGGAAGGGCCCGGCCUCCGUGCCAGGGGGCGCCCGGCAGUCCCCCAUCAACAUCCGCUGGAAGGACAGCGUCUACGACCCCCGGCUGAAGCCCCUCAGGGUCUCCUACGACUCGGCGGCCUGCCUCUACGUCUGGAACACCGGCUACCUCUUCCAGGUGGAAUUCGACGACUCCGCCGAGGGGUCAGGAAUUAGUGGUGGCCCCUUGGAAAACCACUACAGACUAAAGCAGUUCCACUUCCACUGGGGAGCAGUGAACGAGUGGGGCUCAGAGCACACGGUGGACGAUCACGUGUACCCGGCAGAGCUGCAUCUAGUUCACUGGAACGCUGUGAAAUACCAAAACUACACAGAAGCCGUGAUGGGAGAGGACGGCUUGGCGGUGGUGGGCGUGUUUUUAAAGCUGGGGGCCCACCACGAGGCGCUGCAGAAGCUGGUGGCAGUCUUGCCGGACAUAAAGCACAAGGACGCGCGGGCGGCCCUGGGCCCCUUCCAGCCCUCCUGCCUGCUGCCCGCCUGCCAGGACUACUGGACGUAUCCGGGCUCCCUGACCACGCCUCCGCUCUCUGAGUCGGUCACCUGGAUCAUCCACAAGAAGCCCACUGAGGUGGCUCAGGACCAGCUGGCCCGCGUUUCGCGCGAUCAUGUUUUCUGCACUUGGUUGAAGAAGAGAAGACGAUGGUGAACACUACCGCCCACUUCAACCCUGAUGAAGCGGGAGGUCCGUUCAUCCUUCCAGCCACUGAAGAUGGUGCAGGAUCCUAAAUUCACUACAUCCAAGCUAACGGGUAGAACUGACUUUAACAAGAGAAAGUGUUGUUUCCCAGGCUUCGUGUUCUGAUCGUAUGUAACCUCUGAAAUUAAAAAUAGAGAAAGAGGUCACAUUUUAGGUCCAAUGUACUUUGCAGU